AUGGCAGGUCCUUUGACAGAAGAGCAGAUUGCUGAGUUCCAUGAAGCUUUUACCCUUAUUGAUAAAGAUUGUGAUGGGGUAAUCACUAUGGAAGAACUUGCAUCAGUCAUCCAAUCAUUGAAUGAACAUCCAACAAGGGAAGAAAUUCAAGAAAUGCUUAAUGAGGCUGAUACUGAUGGAGAUGGUACCAUUGAUUUUCAUGAGUUUUUGAGUGUCAUGACAAGAAAAACAAAGGAAAAUGUGGCAGAUGAGGUGAAAGAAGCUUUCAGGGUGUUUGAUCGUGAUCAAGAUGGAUUCAUAUCGGGGAUUGAACUGAAAAAUGUGAUGAUGAAUUUGGGAGAAAAACCAACAGAUGAAGAAGUUGAACAAAUGAUACGAGAUGUUGAUCGAGACGGCGAUGGACUCGUUAGCUAUGAGGAGUUCGUGAGGAUCAUUCUGGCUUAA